GCCUCCACUCAAUCAUCAUCAACGUAGCUAGCCUAGCUUACAUUGCAGGCUGGUUCUAAUGGGGGCUCAGUCCCUUUGCCGUAGACUCCUUUUGGGAUUCUUGCUGUCAUUGUUUAUUGCAGGUUUUUGCUAUGGUAGUGAUGAGAGCACAGUCCGGGUGGUUGGGUUUGGAGAAUGUGCAGAUUGUAAGGAGAAUAACAUUAAGAACACUCAGGCAUUUUCAGGGCUUCGUGUAACCAUUGAUUGCAAGCUCGAGAAUGGAGAGAUGCAAAGAAGGGGAGUUGGAGAGCUAGAUAAAGAUGGUAAGUUCGAGGUGUCAUUGCCUAAGGAAAUAGUGAAAGAUAAUGGAGAAGUGAAGGAAGAAUGCUAUGCACAGCUCCACAGUGCAUCUGCUGCACCCUGCCCUGCGCACAAUGGCAUUCAGGCCUCCAAGAUUAUUGCUGCUAAAAGGGAUGGAAAGCAUGCCUUGGAACCAGCUGGGAAUCUCAAAUUCUCAACAGCCAUUUGCCAAUCGGCUUUCUUGUGGCCACACCCCGACCUCCCACCCUUCCCUAAGUUGCAUCCCUGGAAGAAGCAUUUCCCUAACCUCCCUCCCCUCCCACCAUUGAAGCACUUUGGCCACCCUUUCCCUCUUCCACCAAUCUACAUUCCACCCAUCAAGCCACUCCCACCCAAGCCACCAAUUUACAUUCCACCCAUCAAGCCAUUCCCACCCAAGCCCCCGGUUUACAUUCCGCCAAUAAAGCCACUCCCACCUAAGUCACCAGUUUACGUUCCACCAGUAAAGCCACUCCCACCCCCUGUCCCCAUCUACAAGCCAAAGCCAAAGCCACCAGUUUACAUUCCACCAGUAAAGCCACUCCCACCCCCAGUCCCCAUCUACAAGCCAAAGCCAAAGCCACCAGUUUACAUUCCACCAGUAAAGCCACUCCCACCCCCUGUCCCCAUCUACAAGCCAAAGCCUAAGCCACCAGUUUACAUUCCACCAGUAAAGCCACUCCCACCCCCGGUCCCUAUCUACAAGCCAAAGCCAAAGCCACCAGUUUACAUUCCACCAGUAAAGCCACUCCCACCCCCUGUCCCCAUCUACAAGCCAAAACCUAAGCCACCGAUUUACAUUCCACCAGUAAAGCCACUCCCACCUCCCGUCCCCAUCUACAAGCCAAAGCCAAAGCCACCAGUUUACAUUCCUCCGGUAAAGCCACUCCCACCCCCUGUCCCCAUCUACAAGCCAAAGCCUAAGCCACCGGUUUAUGUUCCACCUGUAGUAAAGCCAUGUCCGCCCACCGUCCCUAUCUACAAGCCAAAGCCUAAGCCACCGGUUUAUAUUCCACCUGUAGUAAAGCCAUGCCCACCCACCGUUCCCAUCUACAAGCCAAAGCCUAAGCCACCCGUUUACAUCCCACCUAUAAAGCCACUCCCACCUCCCGUUCCCAUCUACAAACCUAAACCUAAGCCACCAAUUUACAUUCCACCUGUAAAGCCACUUCCACCUCCUGUCCCCAUUUACAAGCCAAAGCCACCGGUUUACAUUCCUCCAAUUGUAAAGCCACAUCCGCCUUUGAUUCCUAUCUACAAGCCAAAACCAAAACCACCUAUUUACAUUCCUCCAAUAGUAAAACCACUUCCACCUCCAUUCCCCAUCUACAAACCCUUGCCGCCAAUAGUAAAGAAACCAUGCCCACCCAAGAUCCCAAUAAGCCUUCCUCCAUUCCACCAUCCACUCCUCCCUCCUCUGCCUCCUCAUAUCCCUCACCCGUAAUAAAAUAGUGGAAUAUAUAUUUCAUGCAAGUAUCAAUAUUCCUGCUGGGUGCAAUGCAUGUAGCAGGCUUAGCUUCAUUUAUGUUAAUUUCUUCAAGCAGUGAUUAGCUAGAUUUGGUUCACGUCGUGAUAACUUCCGGUUGUGCAAUAAGAGGAACUCAAGGAAUGGACUAUAUGAUUGAUCAAUUAAAGAGUGGAGUGGACCAAAUUAAAGGCUAGCUAGUACCUGGAUAUUAUAUAAGUUAAAAUUGCUUUUGUUUAUUUGUGGAAUGAGAUUGUGCCCAUGUUGGUUAGUUGGUUGGUUGGCGCUGCCUAUAUAUGUUUGUAAAUUUCUAUAAGUGAGUGCUUUUUCAGUGUAUUAUACUAUUAUCCAUCGCAAAUAAUAUACCACUUUCAAUUGAAUUUUAAUUUAUAUUUAUUCUGUAA